AUGGAAGUUCCAGGGGAAGAAUUACCGCCCCCGCCAUCCUACAACCAAAUGUUCCCGAUCAAGGUUGCCUCGGUUGAUUCCAACAAGGAUAGUCAAGGCAAAGAUUUAAUAGACAUGAUCGAUGACGAAGAUUUACUGGAGGCUCCCAUCGAGAAAGACAUAGAUACUGAUUCCAAAUCGGAAACAUCCAAGUAUGCUCAGGACGUGCCUGCAUUACCGAGCCGUCAAAGCCUACCGUACAAUUUGGGGUCCGUUUUCAAGACCUCGAAUAGAAUCAUUGACGAUAUCAAAAACGACAUGUUCAUGAUACUGGGCGACGACCAACAGGGGAUAUUGGGUGUUAAUUCUGUUGACUACGCUGAAAGACUAUCUCAUUUGAAGCACAUUCAUGGGGAGAAGUAUAAGCUGUUGAUGCUAAAUGAUUUCGACAAAUCACUCUAUAGACAAAUAUCUUCGGAUGCUCUUGGAGUUAUCACUUCUGUGAUGGCUAUAGUCAUGGAGAAAGAAACACCGGCGUCCGUUUCUAAGAUUUCCACAUACCAUGUCAACUUCAUGGUGAAAUCAAAGAGGACCCAUAGGCCAUGUCGCAAACACAGAUUUUACAAACUGGAGGAUUGGGAAUUGAAUCCUGAGGAUAAAAGGGAUCUAUUGCUGGACUUCACCGAGCAACUGGCUGAAGGCGAUGACUCUUCUCUCCCCACACUUAUCGAUUCGGCCACCUAUUUCUGUCCUACGUGCGAUAGGAUGCUGCGAGUUGAGAUCUUUCCCCCAGAAUUCGAUGCAGCAGACCUUGUAGCUUUUGAGAAGGAGUCAGUUCAGGAGAGAUAUGAAGAGUACAAGGCCAAGAACCCGGAAAGUGCACUCGUGGUACCUAAUCAAGUGGAUUGUCUUCACCAGCUUUACGAGCUGUUACUUCAACUUUUUGCAUUCAAAACGCCCCAAGAGAACGUCUUGCUUCUUGAGCUAUGUCUUGGUAGAAAUAUUCUGAAAAAGCUAAAUUUCAGAGAGAGUUCAAAUGGAACUCUGGAUCAUCCUUUGAUCCCAGAGACUGAAACCCAAAAGGAGUUUGUUCUUGACGCAUACCUCCGUAAGACUGUGGAGGUUCUCAAUAUUGGAAGGUUUUUUUCCAAUUCAAAACCAGAAUUUCAAGUAAAGUCAGGAUUGGUGCCCACAGCCUUACUAGAAUCUUUGGAUGAGUUCGAUACCUAUCUCAUGUCUAGCAUUGUUGCAGACGUGGAGGACAAGUCUCUCAUGUCUCAAGACUACAUCACUCUUUGCUCUCAGAGUUAUUUUAAAGAUCAGUUUAUCAUUGACACAUUCAAGGAGUUAUGUUUUGCCAAUCCAAGCUCAAAGGCAAAAUAUUUUGAUGCGUUCACCAACAUCGCCCAUGACAGAUCCUCUCCCACGCUAUGGACCGAACUUGCUACUCAGAAGUCUCUUGGUGUGGUGGGAUUUGCAGAACUCAGAAGCUGCUACGACCUCUUCAAUAUUGAUGUUGACAACUCGAAAGUCUUCAGCACUGUGGAUGAUAACUAUUUGAUCAAGGCUUAUCGCUACGCUCUUGCGUAUAGCGAUGGUACUAAUCCUUCAAUGUAUUGGGAUGCCAUGCUGAAAAUAGCGCUCGACAGAGGCAGCCGCUAUCUUGAAAUAUUCUUGAAAACAGAGCCUGUUGCAGAUGUUGAACGUGCAUAUUCAACAUUGGAGAUCACAGAUUCGGUUGAAGAUGACAUUGUAGUCACUGCCUACGAGAUAAAGAAAGAUGAUUUCCCAGCAAACGUUGAGCUUUUUGACCGUUGCUUCCUGGCAAUUGCUAUGAAAAGGAGAAGCAUGCGGUUGUUUGACUAUGUCGACUCUUACAUGGGCCACUUGAACCGUUUGUUGCCUGACCCAUCUCAGAACUUGGACGCUGCUUACCGUUUCAUUGGAUGCCCACCAAAUGUGGAUGACUUCACAUUCCUCUCCUGUUUCCAGGAGAAGUGGGGCUCUGAUCUGGAUUCUAGGAUGUUGUACAGAUGUUUGAAAGCAAUUGCCGGAGUGAGGAAAAGUAAACUGGUGGAGAGCUUCUCGAGUUCUGGAAUCAUCGAUGCCAGAUAUCUACCACUUGCAAAUACUCCCUGUGGUCUCAACAAUAUCGGUAACACAUGUUACCUUAACUCUUUGCUGCAGUACUAUUUCUCUGUUGAGCCUCUGCGCACAGCCAUUUUGAAGUUCGAUUUCUCCCUGACCCAAGAGGAGUUUUCAGCCGAUGAGGCAUUGUCUCAAAGGAGAAUCGGUGGUAGAAAUGUCAGCUUCAAGGAGACUGAGAGAUCAAUUCAAUUUGUGUAUCAGCUUCAAGAUCUCUUUUCAAACUUGAUAACUUCUCGAAAGAGGUGCGUCACUCCCACAAGAGAACUUGCAUAUCUGGCGUUCUCACCAAGUACUGAGGAGGUUGAGUUCGAGGAAGAAGUCCCUGAGCAGGAAGAAAUCGUUCAGCCAUAUGAGGCAGUUGUUGCGACCGCUGACGCUGAUGCUCCGUUGAUUGACAUAAAUGACUCGGACGAUGAUCAGGAACCAGAAUUUCAGCAUAAUUCGCCAGUUCCAGGGGAGUUAUCGAGCCCCAUGGAUACUGAUGAUGAGACCAAAACCACACCCAAUGCACCUACGCAACAAGUUGUACGUCGCGAAACGAAAAGAAGCGCUGCGAAAAUUGAUCCCGAGCAAUUGGAAAACGCUUUGGAAAUGGGUAGACAGCAAGAUGUUACUGAGUGCAUUGAAAAUGUCCUGUUCCAAGUUGAAAGUGCACUCAAACCAUUAUCUUUGGACGAAGAUGAUGAGCAGGUUGACCUUAUAAAACAACUGUUUUACGGGAAAACGAAGCAGUCGUUACAACCAGUGGAUAAAGACACCAAAGAACAUUUGCCAGAUGGCCAAGUGAGAUCCAAGAUCGAAAGGUUUUUGAGCUUGCUUGUGAACAUCGGAGACCAUCCGAAGGACAUAUAUGAUGCUCUUGACACAUAUUUUACGGAGGACCUGAUGAACUUGGAUGAUGGAGAAGUGAAACGUUCUCUGACCAUCACAGAGCUUCCCAAGAUUCUUCAAAUCCAGAUACAGCGUGUUCAGUUCGACAGAGAGCGUGGAAUGCCCUUCAAGUCUAUUGAACCACUUCCGUUUGAUGAGAAACUUUAUAUGGAUCGUUACCUGGAGACCGAAGAUGCGGAAAUCAUCCAAAAGAGAAAACAGGUAUUUGACUGGAAGAGAGAGAUACAGAGUCUCUCGCAGAAAAAGAAUUCUUUGAAUUCAAGAAAUGCGUCUGGUUUGACUGCAUUGGAAGCUCUCGAAGUCUCUAAGGCCUACCUGGAUUCGGAUGUCUUCCAGAAACACGGUAUUCUCGUGGACGAGAACACAAUUAGUGUCCUGGAUAGCCAGAUCAAGCUGCUGACUGAGGAGUUGUCCACCAUAGAUCAGACCUUGACUUCGUUGAGAGAAAAAUGCAUGACGCAAUUCAAGGAUCUGAAGAAUGUCGGGUACUCCAUCUUUGCCAUCUUCAUUCACAGAGGAGAGGCCAGUUAUGGCCACUAUUGGAUCUACAUCCGUGACCCUGUUCGAGACGUUUACAGAAAGUACAACGAUGAAAUCGUCAGUGAGGUCAGCUUUAACGAAGUGAUGAAUUUUGCAGAGGGCAACACAGCCACACCUUAUUUCCUCGUUUUUGUGAGGGAUAACCUGGAAAACUACGUUGAUCCUCUAAAGAGAGAUCUCGAGGAAGAAGAAGCCGGAAGCGUAUAG